GAAUCACCACAGUCUUUUAUUUCGUGCCUUCAACUACCAGCAAAGCCUUUCCACUCAUUUAAAUAGUCACUCAUUCGUUUUUCAUCAAACAUGUACACCUCAACCAUCCUCACCACCGCUCUUGCGGCAGCUGUUCAAGCCGCACCAGCUUUACUCCGCCGCGACAACUGGGGCGGUGCGCUUUCUCUUGGUCCUACUACCUCUCACAUUCUCCAUUCCACCACUACUCUCGUUCCAGGAACCGCACCUUCCACACAAACUGGCGAGCUUUUCCUCUGGCCAGGUAUGUCCAACGGUACUGGCGAUCUCAUUCAAACCACUCUCGAAUCUUGGCCUUCCAACGACUGGUGUGGUGCCACUACGGGCCAAUGGUGUGUCCGCGCUUCUCUGUUCGGCUGGUUCGGACAACUAGACGGCGCAGGAUCUCCAGUUUCUGGAACCGAUCAAGUCUUGAUCGAUUAUGGAUACAAUGCCACCUCUGGUAACUGGACACAAACUGUUACGAACGGAGAAACCGGCGCAGCGCUAAGUUAUUUCUCCUAUCCCUCGGGACUUAUGACUGGAUGGGGAACCGGCACAGAAUGCAAUGAUGGUUGCACGGCGACAGUUGCCAAGCAACAAUAUCUCAACACGACUAUCACGCUUGCAUCUGCGGACCCAAACUUCGGAUCGACUUUGGGAGUUAGUCAAGGAACUACAUACACUGGUCUUACGAGCGAGCAGGGAGGUUUGAUCUGGAAAAUUGCCGAGAUCAAUGUUCCUUCUAUGUCUUAAGGUGUAAGGACCAUGUCCUUGUGAGAAUGGGGGAUAUGUAGAGGAAAAGGGUGAGGGUUAGGAGGGGUAUGAUUCCUGUAUUUAUUUGAUGGUAACAAGCCCAUCGUGGAUAAUUGUACAUACAUUUUGAUCAAACCACGUCCGCGGGAUUCAUCUACUUUUCCCAAAAUAGUGAUUCGUUUGUGGACUUGAGCAAAGUAUUCAGCAACCA